AUGGCAUCCCAGAUGAAGAGGUUAAGGAUAUCAAGAUGCACUGGGCAAUUGCUCAACACCCAGGCCAGGACACACGCCUCGCCGUGCCUGACGCCCAUCUCCUUUAGAACACAGCAGCACCCCUUCGCCCGUCACAGCAGCAACCCAGUGCGGACACUAUCGACCUCGUCCCCGUCCUCGGCCGCAGCAGCAGCAGCAGCAGAAGCACCCGACGCCUCGCUCGACGCCGCCACGCCCGCCCCGAAGAAGCUCUCGAAAGAGUUCCCGUCACCUCUCCCCGAAAAGGCCCUCCAGUCAGCCAAGCUGGCCGCCCUCCACGCCCGCCUCUCCCUCCCCGAGAAGCUGCCCCUCCAGACCCUCGCGCGCACCCUCGUCGACCCCUCCGCCGACCCGAGCCCCAACUUCAACAACGCCAACCUCGCCGUCGUCGGCGGCUCCCUCAUCAGCUACCACGUCUCCGAAUGGCUCAUCGCCCACUACCCGCGCCUGCCCAUGGCCAUCCUCUACGAGGCCAUGCGCGCCUACGCAGGUUCCGACUCGCUGUACCGCGUAGCGAGCCAGUGGGGCGUCGAGAGCGCCGCCGCCCCGGGUGGAGAGGUUGACCCGGGCCUGCUGCAGUGGUCCCAGGACCCGGAGGCCGGCAUCGUCCACGGCCGCUGGGGUUACGUCCGCAAGGAGCACCGUCACCUCGACAAGUUCAAGUGGCGCCGCUCCGUGUCCUCCAGAGUCGUUCUCGACGACGAGUUCGGCGACGUCCUGCACACCCCCAAGCAGAACCCGCUCGAGCCCGUCCCCGACCAGCAGGACCCGGCCGUCGUCAGGGAGCAGUACAAGAAGCUCCGCAACAAUGCGCACGCCGCCCACGUCCGCGCCGUCACGGGCGCCCUCUACGCCCACGCCGGUCGCGACGCUGUGCGCUCCUUCAUCGACGCCCACAUCCUCAGCCGCCGCGUCGAGCUCGAGAAGCUCUUUAGCUUCAAGCUGCCCACCCGUGAGCUCGCCAUGCUCUGCGCCCGCGAGGGCUUCGAGGCCCCCGUCGCGCGGCUGGAGAGCGAGACGGGCCGCCUCAGCAGGACGCCCGUAUACGUCGUCGGCAUCUACAGCGGACGCGACAAGCUCGGCGAGGGCACGGGGGCCAGCCUCGACUUUGCGCGCCUGCAGGCUUCCAUGAACGCUCUCAAGGCGUGGUACCUCUACAGCCCCGGUGCCAAGGUGCGGGUGCCGAGUGAUAUGCUCGUUGAGGGCGCGAAGCCGUGGCAGCCUGUGCACAUUGACAUGGGAGAGAUUAUUUAA